CAUUUUGCAAUAUGGUCAACUACAAGGUCGCUGAUAUCUCCCUCGCCGCUUUCGGUCGCAAGGAAAUCGAACUCGCUGAGAAUGAGAUGCCCGGUCUUAUGUCAAUCCGUGAGAAGUACGGUCCUUCCCAGCCCUUGAAGGGUGCCCGUAUUGCAGGAUGUCUCCACAUGACCAUCCAAACCGCCGUUCUCAUCGAGACCCUCACUUUCUUGGGUGCCGAGGUUACCUGGUCUUCUUGCAACAUCUUCUCCACCCAGGACCACGCCGCCGCUGCCAUUGCUGCCACCGGUGUCCCCGUCUACGCCUGGAAGGGUGAGACUGAUGAGGAAUUCAUCUGGUGUAUCGAGAAGACCCUCUUCUUCCCCGACGGUCAGCCCCUCAACAUGAUCUUGGAUGAUGGAGGUGAUCUUACCAACAUUGUUCACGAGAAGUACCCCCAGCUCUUGGCUGGCAUCAAGGGUCUCUCUGAGGAGACCACCACCGGUGUCCACAACUUGUACAAGAUGCUCAAGAACGGUACCUUGAAGUUGCCUUCCAUCAACGUCAACGACUCUGUCACCAAGUCCAAGUUCGACAACCUUUACGGCUGCCGUGAGUCCCUUGUCGAUGGUAUCAAGCGUGCCACCGAUGUCAUGAUUGCUGGUAAGGUUUCCGUUGUCGCUGGUUACGGUGAUGUCGGAAAGGGUUGCGCUGCUGCCCUCCGUGCUUUCGGUUCCCGUGUCAUUGUUACCGAGAUCGAUCCCAUCAACGCUCUCCAGGCUGCUAUGGAGGGUUACGAAGUCACCACCAUGGAGGAUGCUGUCGCUGAGGCUCAGAUCUUCGUCACAACAACCGGUUGCCGUGACAUCAUCACCGGUGAGCACUUCUCCGCCAUGAAGGACGAUGCUAUUGUCUGCAACAUCGGUCACUUCGAUAUCGAAAUCGAUGUCGCAUGGUUGAAGGCCAACGCUGUCUCUGUCAGCAACAUCAAGCCCCAGGUUGAUCGUUUCACCAUGAAGAGCGGUCGUCACGUCAUCCUCCUUGCUGAGGGUCGUCUUGUCAACCUCGGUUGUGCCACUGGUCACCCUUCCUUUGUCAUGUCCAACUCCUUCUCCAACCAGACCUUGGCCCAGAUUGCUCUCUGGACCGAGCCCAGCAAGUGGAGCAUCGGUGUCCACGUUCUCCCCAAGCAGCUCGAUGAGGAGGUUGCCCGCGCUCACUUGGGUAAGCUCGGUGUCAAGCUUGCCAAGCUCUCUGCCAACCAGUCCAACUACCUCUCCAUCCCCGUCGAAGGUCCCUACAAGCCCGAGCACUACCGCUACUAAGUUGGAGGAGUGUUGGUAUACAAAGCAAAUUAUUAUUUUUUGCCAUUAAACCAUCCUUCUUAUCUUUAUUUUCCCCCUUCCAUCUCUCUUUCUGUUUUCUCUCCGUUAUAAAACUCAUAUAAAAUAUUAUCAUUGCGCUUCUUUGUUUCAUAACCAUUAUGGCAGUUACCAGGCAUUCCCAUUUUUAUCUUCAUUAUCUUCUUUGUUUUCUUUUAUAGCUAGCAAAGUAAAGAAUAUCAUCUAUUUUGUAAAAUAGAACGUUUCAACAUGUUCAGGGUAAAUGCUGCGUACAUACAAUAAAAAAAAAAGAAGAAGGCUCUGGCAUUUCAACAUGUAAAUUAUAAUGCAUAAUGUUUUUUAUUUAUUUAAUUUAUUUAUUUAAUUUAUUGGUUUAAAGUUCCGAAUAAUUAAUAAAUUUUUGAAGUUAAAAAAAUG